AUGUCGUCAUAUAAUAAUUAUAGAUAUAGAAGUUAUCAUGGUGGGUAUUCUGAAUAUAAGAAUAAGGCUCACCAGCGAUAUCAUGGAUCAUCGUCAUUUCGAGAUCGAAGUGGACCAAAAGGUAGCAUAGGCAAUAGCAGAACUGCUUCAUACCGUUCCGAUGAUCAUUUUAAUUUUAACAAUAGUCAUUCAAACGGGAAUGAAUCACCUCUGUCGUCAGAAAAAGUUAUCAAUAGUUCACAUAAGUCCGCAAACGAAGAUAAAGCGGGUGCCAUAAAAGCAGUAGUAGGUACCGAUCCUAAAACUGGAGAAAACAAAGCAGAUCAGAAGUUCACCAAAUUAAUGCAUAAUUCUGAUUUCCAAUCGAAUUCUGAGUUUUCUCUCCCAACGGAUGAAAAGAAAAACUACAUCGUACUUUACGACCCAGAAUUGGAUAAGAGUAUCCUGAAAGAAGAAAGAAAAUCAAGGCAAAAAAAGAUCAGGUUUGCAGGUCUGGGGAUAGCCUCUCUGGAAGUUACUGAUCCCAGAAAAUUGACAACGUAUUUCUCGAAACCUAACAAAAGGUCAAAGAAAUACCCCUUCAAACAGCUACCUCAAACAAAAUUCACUUUUGAUGAAGAUUCACUCGGCCCACCUCCUCGAACUCAACUUGUCGUUUGGGAUCUACCUUCCAGUGCAAGCGAGAUUUACUUGACUAAUUUCAUUAAGAGUUAUGGAAAUCCUAUUCGAGAAUUAAAAUUCAUCAACGACCCCGAGAAUGCUGUUCCUUUGGGAAUUGCUGUCUUCAAAUUCCAGGGGGGGCCAGAUAAAGCUAUGAGAUUGGCUGAAAAGUUUAUUAGCACUAUUAAGAUAGAAAAACCCAAAAUUGACGGAAUGGAGUUUAAAAUAGGUUUAAAUGACAACGAGGGUAAAUUACUUUUAGGCAGGGAAGAAGUUGCAAAAUCAAAAUUAAGAGCAGCAAAAAUUAAGAGAGAAGAAGAACUUAAGAAGCAUAGAAAACAAAUGGAACUAAAAGAAUUAAAGAAAAAGACUGACCUCAAUAAAAAGGAAGAGUUAAAGAAACCAGUUAGCAAAAUUACUCAGCCUCCCAAUGCUUCAAAAUAUCUACCUAAUAGCACUGUGCUUUCUGUUAGAAAAAAUAAUCGUAUAAUUAACGGUGUUUUUUUACCCAAAGAACUAAAGAAGUUUAUUAGGAGUUAUCCAUAUAUUCUUAUUCAGAACAAAUAUGUUUCGACCAAAAGAACAUCGACACAGGAUAUCAAAAGAGCUUUGAAUAAAUACGAUUGGAUAAAAGUUUUAUCAGACUUUACGGGUUUCUACAUCGUUUUUGGUUCAUUAAAAGAGUGUGAGAGAUGUUUCUUUAAUGAAGACGGCAGAAAAUUUUUUGAAUACCGAAUGUUCAUGGAAUUUGCAAUUCCCGAAGGCUGUAAUAUGCUGAUGCUGUUGACAUCGCAAGGGGAAGAUGAUGGUGCUCGAACACCACGGUGGAAAGCCCAUGAUGUUGUCAAUGAGGCUGCAAAUAUGUUGCUAAAAGAUUUCGAAACUUUUUUGGCAAAAGACAUUCGUGAACGUGUCAUUGCUCCUGCAAUACUUGACUUGUUGAGUCAUGAUAAAUACCCAGCCCUUGUUAAAGAAUUAAAAGAGAAAGAAGCAGCCAAAGAAGCUACAAAGGUUGCCACUAAACCGAUAGACACCAAUGCGCUUUCCAAGAAAGGCUCAAUUCCUUUGUAUUCUCUUAAGCGUGACCAGACUGCCCUUCUACCGAGUUUUAAGAAAAAGCAAGAUCAUCUCAAGUCACUUACUUCCGGUUCAAGGUCAAGACCUACCAGAAGCAUGAUUCCACUUCAACAUGCUCUUAAUUUUGAUAGUGAGUCUGAGGAGUCAGAAGAUGAUGAGUCAACUAGGUCCCUUACACCUAUCGCUCCAAGUUUGAAGAGAAAUCGCAGCUCCACCGUAACCAGCAAUGAGGAAGAUUUUGAACACGAAGAUGUCAAAAGAAGAAAAAAGACUAGCUUACAACAAUCCUUGAUGUACGACUCUUCCACAGAUGAAGAUGAUAUAGAUAAGGAAGAAGAUACCUCAGAUAAAAAGGCAAAUGUUUUAGAUGAAGAGGAUCUGCAUAUAUCUGGAAAAAUCUAUCAACCAACAUAUGCGGGCCCUGAACCCGUUUUUGAAGAGCCAUAUUUGCCCCCAUCAACUGCUUUUGAUUUGGACUUUAUGCAGGAGAUUAUCAAAGAUCAUGAAGAUCUCGAAAUUGCAGCAAAAGUUCUUGAAGAUGUUAAAGAAGAAACUGAGAUUGAGAAUAUCGAGUAUUUUUCUUGGAAGCAAAAGAAUGAGAAGGCAGAUUGGCAAGAAAUUGCUGAGGAUGUCGACUUGAUUGAAGAGUUAGAUCCACGUUUAGAAUCGAAGUCCGGCUCAUUCAGAAGUGAUGGUUAUAAAAAGAUUUCUGAAGUUGACAAGAUAGCAUACUUGCCAUUGCGCCGUCGUAAGGUCCAGAAGCCCAUUAAAACAGUUCAACAUGAUGAUGAAGAGAGUAGUGCUAAUAAUAAUAUCCAAAGUUCAAGAGUUAAUAGAGCGAACAAUCGUAGAUUCGCUGCGGACAUAACGGCCCAACUAGGUAAUGAAACGGAAGUCUUAAGUUUAAAUACGUUGACAAAAAGAAAGAAGCCUGUGUCUUUUGCUAGAUCUGCAAUUCACAAUUGGGGUCUAUAUGCAUUAGAGCCAAUUGCUGCCAAGGAGAUGAUCAUUGAGUACGUCGGAGAAAGUAUUCGGCAGCAGGUUGCGGAAAAUAGGGAACACAGUUAUAUGAAGACUGGUAUAGGCUCAUCAUACCUUUUCAGAAUCGAUGAAAACACUGUAAUAGAUGCGACGAAGAAGGGUGGUAUAGCAAGAUUCAUAAAUCAUUGCUGCAAUCCUAGUUGUACAGCCAAGAUAAUUAAAGUGGAGGGGAAAAAGCGUAUUGUAAUAUAUGCAUUGAAGGACGUUGAGGCUAAUGAGGAAUUAACAUAUGACUAUAAAUUUGAGCGUGAGACAAAUGAUGAAGAAAGAAUACGUUGCCUAUGUGGUGCACCUGGCUGCAAGGGUUACUUAAAUUAA